ACCACUGCAGUUUGCAAUGGCGGACUCUGGCGACGAAGUAUCCUAUUUUCACUCAGAGAAUGACGAAAUGGCCAAUUAUCAUGGUCAAGGCAGUCAUCAUGGAAGUGAUGAUGAAGAAGCAGGAAGCCAUCACAGCCGACAUUCACAUUCAGGGUCAGGGACAGGGAGCGAGAUGGGCAGUGCCCCAGCCAGUCCUGCUGGUUCUGAUGCCAGCGUAAGAAGUGCAUCUGCAAGCCCAGCAAGAUCAGAAGCAAGUCAUGAAAGAUCUCCAUCAGGCAGCCCAGCAAGAUCUGAGUCUCGUAGCCCAAGAUCAAAUCGCUCAGGCAGUCCAGCUGAGUCCGUUGGGUCACAGAGUCCCGCUAAAUCUGCUGGAACAGGGAGUCCAAGAUCAGUACAUUCAGGGAGCCCAGCUGGAUCUGUUGGAUCAGGAAGCCCUGUUAGGUCAGGGUCUGGAAGUCCGCAGUCAAUUGGUUCUGCAAGCUCGGCUCAUCAGAGUGGAUCUGGCAGCCCGGCAAGGUCUGAAGGCUCUGGAAGUCCAAGAUCAGUUGGAUCCGGUAGUCCAGCCCACUCAUCAGGAUCUGGCAGUCCAGCCCACUCGGCAGGAUCUGGCAGUCCAGCCCACUCAGUAGGAUCUUUAAGCCCAACCCAUUCAGCUAGGUAUGUGAGCCCAGCCCACUCAGUUAAGUCUGCAAGCCCAGCUCACUCUGCAGGGUCUGCAAGCCCAGCCCACUCAGCUAGGUCAGCAAGCCCAGCCCACUCGGUGAGGUCUGCAAGCCCUGCUGAAUCUGCAGGAUCCGGUAGUCCAAGGUCUGCCAAAUCUGGAAGUCCGAAGUCGAUUCAUUCUGGAAGCCCUCGGUCUGUCAAUUCCAGAAGUCCUGCAGGAUCAGGAAUGUCUGGAAGUCCACGGUCAGUGAGAUCGGCAUCUAGAAGUCCAGCCCAUUCUGUAGCAUCAAGAAGUCCUGCUGCAAGCCCACGUUUGGAUCAUAAGCGAUUGGAUGAGAUUGGCAGCCCAGGCAGUUCUGAAGGAGCCAAGUCUCCAGCUAGAAGUGAUGCCGAGUCUGACGCUGGUAAAAAGCGACAGCGAGAGGAUGAUGACCUAUCAGAUGAUGAAGAGGAUGCUGGGAGGAAGAAGAAGAGAACUGUUUUGAUGAGUGGGAGUGAGGAUGGGAGUGAUAAAGAGGAGGACGCAAUUGUUGGUGCUACAGCUGGUGAUCUGUUUGGUGAUGCAAGUGACAUCAGUUCAGAUGAAGAAGAUAAACCAGGGGACGAUAGGCGGUCCCGGUCGGGCGAUGAGCGCAUGAGUGGUGAUGAUGAUGCAAUCAAACAUCCAAUGAUUGAUGAUGAUGACGCAGAAGAAGAACAGGGCCCAGCUCCGGAGACAAGGAUUGAGGUCGAAAUUCCCAGGAUCAACGCCAAACUGGGAAAGAAUGUACAUUAUGUGAAACUACCAAAUUUCCUCAGCGUUGAGACCAGGCCAUUCGACCCAUCCUACUAUGAGGAUGAAAUUGAAGAAGAUGAGGUUCUGGAUGAAGAGGGAAGGGCUAGAAUGAAAUUAAAGGUUGAAAACACGAUAAGAUGGCGUUACAAGAAGGAUGAGUGGGGUAAUGACGCAUAUGAGGAAGACGGCUCACAGGCGAAAGAAAGUAAUGGAAGAGUGGUGCGGUGGUCGGACGGAAGCAUGUCCCUUCACCUUGGCAACGAGGUGUUUGACAUCCACACCAUGUUGAUCCAAGGAGACUACAAUCAUUUAUUUAUCCGGCAAGGAACAGGUCUUCAAGGACAGGCGGUGUUCAAAACCAAACUGACUUUUAGGCCACACUCCACCGAUUCAUUCACUCAUAGAAAGAUGACGUUAUCCAUGGCUGAUCGGGCCACCAAGACACAAAAGAUUCGAGUCCUGCCUAUUGCUGGCAAGGAUCCAGAAGCUCACAAGACUGCUAUGAUCAAAAAAGAAGAGGAGAGGCUAAGAGCAUCAAUUAAGCGUGAGAGCCAGCAAAGACGUGUUCGUGAAAAGGCACAUUCGCGGGGUCUUAGUGCAAAUUAUCUGGAAGGCGAAGAAGAUGAAGAUGAUGAGGGCACAGUCUCACUCUCAGCCAUUAAGAAACAGUUCAAACCCGGACAAAAACAAUCAAGACCCAACAUCUACUCCUCAGAUAGCGACUCCAAUUCAGAUGAUGCUGGACGCACGAAACGACUGAUGAAAGCGAAGAAAAUAGUCGAGAGUGACGAAGAGUCUGCUCAACAGAAAGCAAAGGAUUCAGAUGCGGAUGUUAAGAAGAAACGAGCGCGGAUGCUGGACAGUGAUGAAGAAGAGGGGGAUGAUAUGAUCCCAGAAGUAGAAAUAGGGUCUGGUGGAGAAUCACCAGCCUCUGGAGGAUCAGCACCAGGUUCUCCCGCAGAUAAUGCCUCGCCUAUUGGCUCACCUAUGGAGGCUAUCUCGGGCAGUGAAAGUGAUUGAGGUGUGAGAGAGGCUCCAGGAGAGAAUCACCAAUAUCUUAUGGGUCUGUGCUGGACUCUUCUGUUGAGCAACAAAAGCGAGUGAGAUUUGCGAUAAGAACUCAAAUAGUCUGAGCAUUUCCCAUUCUAAGACAACAGGGGCAGGACCCAUCAUUGAAUUCCAGGCCUAAACUUUUGUUCAUCGAGGUGCAGAUGACAUCGACCUCAUUGAUGGGGGUGACAUUUCUGGGACAAUGUUUGCAUGUAAUGCUUGACUGUCACUUCAAUGAAUCAUUGUCGACCACACAGGGUGUGAUUAUACAUAACUGAGACUGAAGCAAGGUGUUUCGUGUGAUUUUGACAACAUUGAAAAUGGGAUCAAUUUGGAGUCAUGAUGGGCAUGAUGCCAAUAAAAGUGUCGGUGCUAUUAGAGGGCUAUACCUUCUUUGCUGCCACUACCACCCAGGUCUGGGGAUAUUGACAAAGCUUUUACCUCGUUUUCUCUCAGCUACGUGUGCUUGGCAGUGUUACUGUUGGUUCACUUGAAUUGAGAUGUGAUCAGAUCUGUAGUCCUUUUCACUGCCACAAAUAUUGGGUCAUAAAAUGUUGAUCUUUGCAUUGACAUUCUGAUCAAAUCGGGAAUCGAACAGCUAAAUCUUCCAAAACGUGUUGAAAAGAAGAAAUUGGCAAAUUUAAGGGUUUAUUUACUAUCAUCAUCUUAUUUGUUAUUGCAUAUCCAUGAUUACUAUCAACCAUGGGGUCUUUGAAGAUUAUUAUUUUGUGUUUUGAUCAAUGCUGUAAAAACUGAACAGGUUGAUAAUUAUGUCAAUGUAUUUGUAAAUAUUGAUUAUUGUCACUACUUUUUGGAAUAAAUGUGAGCUGAUAAAUA